AUGUUUUACUCUCCAUCGCUUCUUGACGCUGCCGCUGUACUUGUUGCGGCGUAUGUUGCGAAGCGGCUAUUUCUAAAACCCAAGUCCACACUCCCUCUUCCACCGGGUCCUUCGGGGUUACCCGUCAUCGGCAACGUGCUCGAUCUUCCCCAAACUGAUCCUCAUAAGGCGUACAUUCAGUGGGGUCAAGAAUAUGGACCGAUCAUGCACGCGUCUGCACUUGGGCAGCAUCUCAUCAUCGUGAAUGAUCUAUCGAUCGCCACUGAACUGCUGGAAAAGCGCGCCACACUGUACUCGGAUCGACCAGCGCUCACCAUGGGUGGUGAACUCUCCGGCUGGGAUAACGCGCUCGCUCUGCAACACUACGACGAUCGCUCGCGUGCAUACCGACGGCACUUCCACUCCUUCAUCGGCGCCCGCGCUGCGCUCAAGCGUCACUAUUCACUCUUAGAACACGAAGCUCGCCUGAUGGCCCAGCGCUUGCUAGAUGCUCCAGAGAAGCUUGAGAGCAGCGUUCGUAACGCCGCAGGCGGUAUCAUCAUGAAGAUCACCUAUGGAUACGACACUAUGCCCGAGAGUGACCCCGUCGUCGACUUGGUGAACGAGGCAAUGGCCCAAUUUGGAGAGAUCACCGAGUCGAGCACGAUUUGGAUUGUAGACGUGUUCCCCAUCCUUAAGAACUUACCCUCGUGGUUCCCUGGCGCUGGUUUCCUCAAGAAGGCAAGAUAUUACAAGGACACGAUCCACAGGAUGGCGGAGGUCCCCUUCGGGAUCGUGAGCGACCAGAUGAAACGACAGGCUGCUGAGCCAUCUAUGGUCGCUGACCUGCUAGAGGAGUCCGACAGAUCCUCUGCAGAAGAUAUCUACGUGAUCAAGUGGGCCGCGGCGAGCAUGUAUGCUGGUGGUGCUGAUACGACUAGGUCGCUCAUUUCAAGCUAUUUCCUUUUCAUGGCACUCUUUCCGGAAGCCCAGGAGAAAGCUCAAGCAGAGAUCGACUCUGUCAUAGGGCGCGAUCGCCUCCCGACGCUCUCUGACCGGCCGAAUCUGCCGUAUGUCGAAGCUCUUGUGAGCGAAAGUAUGCGAUGGGCACCAGUUGCUCCUAUGGCGAUUCCCCAUAGGCUCGUUCAAGACGACGUUUACAACGGUUACCAUCUUCCAGCAGGGUCGCUUGUUCUUGCGAACGUCUAUGCCAUGCUCCGCGAUCCCGCUGUAUACGCUAACCCUGAGGUCUUUGACCCAGAGCGCUUCAUUGCACGGCAACGAGAGCACAAAGUCGCGGAACCGAACCCGCGCUCUUGUUUCUUCGGCUUCGGGCGACGCAUCUGCCCGGGCCGGGACCUUGCGGAUGUCAGCCUUUGGACGGAGAUCGCAGUGACUCUUGCCACGCUCUCUAUCUCAAACGCUCGCGACGACAAGGGAAAGGCGAUCUCAAGCAUUCGCUAUACAGGUGGAACAGUCGUCCACCCCGAGGCUUUCACAUGCGACAUCAAACCUCGAUGGGCUCACGCCGGCGCUCUUCUUGCGCAGGAGCUAACGCAGUUUCACCGCAGUCGUGAUUAG